CUUUAGUGACGCAAUGACGUAACGCGGAAACAAGAUACCUGCUAAACAAGUCCUGCCGUCGGACUUUGUGACAGUUGAGCUGGGAGAAAUGGUGAUAAUCUGUGUUUCUACUCUGUGACGAUCAGACAGAGGCUUCAACAUGAGUAACAGUGACUCGGAGGUGGAAGGCUUCAUGGCGAGGCGGCCGCCCAGCAGCUAUGGCUCCAUGUGUAGUGACGAUCAUAUGGAGGGCUCAGAGCAUGAUGUUCUAGAUGAACCACCACCUUCCAUGGUUAAACUCCCAGCACCUACUGGGAUCAGGAUUCAUCGCCCGGACUCACCAGAGACCGGAAUAACAUCAGUGACGCAGGGCCAACGAUCCAGCGUUCAUCACGAGGGUGUCUUCAUUAACCGGAAUGGGAGAGAAACGUUUGUCGAGUCGGCAGCGGCUGAAAUGGAGGUGGAGGAGGAUGAAAGUUUUAUUAUGGUGGAGCAGUCGAGAGCGAAGAGAAAGAUUAGGACGGAGCCGGAACCCGUACAGCCUCCUGCUCCUGCGAUAGAGUCUGGACAGAACGAACUCUCACUGCAGUAUAUAUUCAUGGCCAUGCUGCAAACCCUCCGUACGCUCAAGCAGAUGGAGCUGAUGUGUUUCAUACGCAGUCUGAGUGAACUACGUAAAGAAAAUCUGGAGUUCCGUCAGCUGGAGCAGGAGGGCGAGCUCGACGUGCUGGGCGUGGUGGACCGAAUCCAUGAGACGCGGAGCCCGGGAGAGGCGCUACACAUCACUGUACGCACGCUACACGACAUCAACAAGCCGGCUUUCGCCCGGACUCUGGAGAACCUCUGCAGGAAAGCUCUGGUGCAGUACGAAUUGGGAACGAACAAUUACCGCCGCUACUACAGUCUUUAUGAGGGAACCUGUCGUCCAGGGCAACAACAAUUCAUUGGUAACGUCUAUGUGGAAUCGCCGAUUUUUAUUGAAACAUCGCCCCAUCUGACACAGACUUCUGUCGGAAACCUGUUCCAACCCCUACAGGAAGAGGGUCGCCCACGGCUCGUCGUGACCACGGGCGCCCCAGCCGUGGGACUGACCGUGACGGUGCAGAAGUUCAUAAUGGACUGGACGAAUAAUAAAGCCGAGCACGACUUUCAGUACGUCUUCGCGCUUCCUGGUCGCGACCUUCACCUGGUCCGGAACUCUGAACAGACCUUCCUGGAUUUCCUCGCAUCGUUUUACCCCGAGACGAAGCACGCGGAAUUCCUGUCUCAACCGGAUUGCUCCGUACUGUUCGUCAUCGAUGCGCUCGAGCUCUGCAGGCAAGCCCUGGAUUUUAUGAACAACGUGGCCGUGGUGGACGUCACGACUCCGGCGCCGGCGGACGCACUCCUGACCAGCUUGAUCAGAGGAGACCUGCUGCCUCAUGCGUCCGUCUGGAUCGCAGCUCAUCGUUCAGCUGCUCGGAAAAUCCCCGUCAGAUCCAUCGGCAGGUUCACAGAAUUAAAAGGAUUCGACGAUGCGCAAAAGGACGUGUAUUUUAGCAAGCGGACGAAAGAUCCGGCGCUAGGCGCUCGUGUUUUGAAGCACGUGAAAGAUUCUCCGGCUCUCUACGACGCCUGUUAUCUUCCACUCCUCUGCUGGAUCGUGGCUUUUAUUUACGAGCGCCGCUUCCAGAAUCCCGACUUCACAGAGCGGACCCCGGUGCUCACCGGGUUUUUCGCGCAGUAUAUCAUCGUGCAGACGAACCGAAAAAUCGAGCACUACGUCGGGACAGGACUCGACGCAUCUCGGUGGAGCGACAGCGAUAAAAGUUUCCUGAUGCAGAUGGGUGAACUGGCGCUUAAUAUGUUGUUAGAAAAACGUGACGUCUUUUCUGACCACGAAGUUUCGCACCUGAAGUUGGACUUCAACAGCGUCGCGUAUCAGGGCGGGAUCUCUUACGAACUGAACAGCCCGGCUGAAAGUGAAAGGAGCUUCAAAUUCGUGCACUACAGCGUCCAGCAGUUCAUGGCUGCCGUUUAUGUCUACGUGACCUUCCGGACGACGGGGUCAAAUAUGCUGGAGGCGUCGCCGAAGUCCAAGAAAGACCGACCCUUUAUCGAUCUUUACAGACCAGCCAUCGAGCGUGUGCUCGGCGCACGUGAAGGGCGUCUCGACCUUUUCCUGCGCUUCUUGUUGGGACUGGCGGCCAAAGGGACGGAGUUGCACCUGCGUGGGCACCUGCUGCCUCAGUAUCCGCCCGAGUCGAAAGGGAUAGAGGAGGUUUUCAAGUAUGCAAGGAAGAAAAUAAAGGAGAACACGGUGCCCGAGCGGUGUGCAAAUCUGCAGCAGAGUAUUCUAGAGCUGGAGGAGGCCAUGAAUGAUCGAUGAUAGAAACAGGGUGGGAGGUUCAUCUGCUGCUUCCGGUUGGUUUUGGCAUUUCUGAACAACAGAGAGAGGAUAUGAAGUGAGAAGAUCCCAAUUCAGAACUUCUCAGCUAUAUUUAUUUGCUUUUAGCAGACACAGUAGUAGUGGCAUCUUGGUGGUGGUGGUGGAACUUGAACCAGCACCCUUCUGAUCACUAUGAAUGAAGUGGAUCAGAUGUGGACUGUAGACUUUUGUAGCACUUAUUUAUUGGAGCUUAGAGCUGCCAGGCGCUCGGGUGGCACAGCGGUCUCGGCCAGGCAUCUACGCAGACACGAUUGGCUAUGUCAAAAAGGGGUGGCCAGUCUUGCAUCCAGUGAUUACCCGGUUGAACCAGACUGUCAACCACCAUUACAGGGAGGAAGCAACUGAUGAAAAUUAAAUGACUGCUUAAUGACUUUAUAUUUAAUAGGUGGCUCAUAGUGAUACAUCACGACUUUUUGAGAAAGGUAAACUACUUACCGAAAGGCCACAGCACCACUAAGAGUAAACAAAUCUAUUAGUGUUUCGAAAGCAGACCAUUGCUGUUGUGCUAAUUAGCUGAAUCAGAUGGGUUUAAAAAUGUGAAAUACUGAAUUACGAGUGGAGCCUGAUGCUGCUGACUUAACAGGUUUUGAUAAUAAACCACAAAUCUGCACAUUGUUUUGUAUGAGAGCUGAUGAAACGUGGUGUUUGUAUUGCGUACGAAUGAACACUUAAAAAAAAAUCGGUUGCUUACCAUUAGGGAGAAUGAACUCUGUACUCUGAACCAGCUUGAUGCCGUUUUCUUCACACCUCAUUCACAGUAUGUUUAUGUAGCCGUGAUAUUUUUGCACUUUAAUAUUUUUUUAUAUAAUUUUUAUUUCAUUUCUUUAUAUGUGAAGAAAAAUGUUGGGUUAUGUAAUGAACUCCCUCAAAGCUUUAUACGGAAAAAAAAGUGCGUUCUUAAUUCAUUUAAUUGUAAAGGUUUAUUUUUUUUUGGGUUCCCCCUUUUCCUGUUUCACGUGGGGCACUAGUUAGCGCGACACCACGCCUGAAAGCUCCGUGUUUUCCCGGGCAUUUCACAGUCUCAUGGUGAAUGCUGAAUGGGUAAGAUGCGAUUCACUCUCUCUCUUGUAAAUAUCCCUCUUUUAGAGUAUUAAAGCUCUAUAACCUGUAGUAAUUUGCCAAGUAAGGAUGUUAUAACAUCAGAGUGAAGCUGUAUCGCUGUUUUCGCUAAAGUUACAGCUUAGAUGGCAUUUUUAAACCCAGCAUUUAUGCUAAUGAGUUUCCACUUUGUGCAGGAGAGGGAAAGAGAGGGUGUGUCUACGUGCGUGUGUGCAUGUGCUAACUCUGCCCAUGUAUUGUGUUCAGGUACGUUUUACCAGUGUAUUAACUGUUUUAACUGUUUUAAACUGUUAAAAAGAGGUUCAGUUCUAUAAAUAAUAAUUCAUUGUUGGCCAUUGUGAUAAAUAGCUACCUUAUGUGAUUAUAUUAACUUCAGUUUUGGUUAUUUGUGUGAUGAUUUCGUGUAGCGAAGCAAAAAAGAAAGUUUCUACCUAGUCAGUUAAUCUUAAAAAAGUACACGGCCGAUCAUUUUAUUUACGGUACAAAGUAUUUACAUUUUAUUUAGACAGUCUCAUGGUGAAUGCUGAAUGGGAGAGGGAAAGAGAGGGUGUGUCUACGUGCGUGUGUGCAUGUGCUAACUCUGCCCAUGUAUUGUGUUCAGCAAUAAACAUUGAAGACCGAC